AUGUCAAAUCUUCAACUACGCAUAAGUGUGGUCGGUGCACGUAACCUUGCAGCAGCUGAUAAGACUGGCCUCUCGGAUCCAUACGCAGUAGUCCGUGUUAACGAGAAGAAGUAUACAACAAAAGUCAUCAAGCAAACCCUCGACCCCAGGUGGGACUACGAAUUCGAUAUCACUGUUGAUCCACAACGUCUUCCUCGAUCCUUCAAUGUUACCGUUUGGGACAAAGAUACUUUUGGCCGUGACUUCCUUGGCGAAGUAACCAUACCCUUCAAGAACUGCUUUGACAGAAACAAUAAUGACAUUUCAGGAGGUAUUCCCCGCCAUUUCAGCGACCCUGCCAACUUGCCGCAAUGGUAUACUCUUGGCAAACGUGCUGAAAAAAACAAUGUCUCGGGUGAAAUACAGCUUAAGUUUGGCUUUAUUGAAAAGCAUAUUCGGGAUCCUCAGCAAUACAUUGACGCAUGGAAUCAAAUCACUGGUUUAGAUAUCGAGAUCAGUAAUUAG